CGUGCGGACCCUCCGCCGCUGAGAUUCCGAGAAGGCUCGUCGGGUCUACCCUGGCUCCGGCAUCGGAACUCCGGCCUCCGGAGUCGCGCGCUCGGCGGCGGCGCUGGCCUGAUCCCGCGAUGUCUCUAACCAGAGUAGCGUUUUCUCUCUUCCUCCUCCUCGCGGUGGCGGAGUCCGCGGCGGCGACGCGCUCACCGUCGGCCUUCGUGCAGAACGCCAUCUACUCCAACCGCAUCACCAUCUUCUCCAAAUCCUACUGCCCGUACUGUAUGCGUGCUAAGCGAAUAUUUAAAGAUCUCAAGGAAAAUCCUUACGUUGUUGAACUUGAUCUUCGAGAGGAUGGCCGAGAAAUUCAAGGUGUUCUUCUUGACCUGGUUGGGCGCCAUACUGUGCCACAGGUGUUUGUGAAUGGUCAUCACGUUGGUGGCUCAGAUGAUACAAAAGAUGCUCUUUCAAAUGGACAGCUUAAUAAACUUCUUGGCAAAAGCCAGUCUCAGUCGCAGUGAUGAUCACGAGAAAAGCUUGGUAUUGCCAAAAACUUGUGAAUGUCUUACAUGCAUUGUUCUUUACUGGGAAGAAUGUGACUUUACUCUCUUUAGGAAUAUGAACAGGGUGUUGCAACUCA